AUACAAUCCUUCCGUGGUCAUUCUCCAUUUCCCUCUCAUCUCUCUCUCUCUCUCUCUCUCUCUCAGGAACGUCAUUUUUGUUCUUUGCAGUCUGGUACCAAUCCCAAUCCAUGAAGAUCUUCUGAAUCCUCUCCGCAAGACCGAAAUCUAACCUAGGGUUUCGCUUCCCCCUAGAUUUGAGCCUUCUUCCCAGGGCACCGAUUCUUCAUGUAAUAUCUCACCCGGAUUGGUCGGAAUUCCUCCUGAUGUGCUUGAGCAGCAACACCUGCGAGCCCUCCUCCGUGUUAUGAAGGUCGUCAAGACUCAGGUAUGGCAGCCCUGCAAGAAAAAGAGAUCCUGAUCGCCCUACUGGAGCUGGAGCUGGAGCUAUCGGUGCUGGAAUCGGGACUCUAGCGUAGAGGGACGGAGUGGGAGUUCCGGGCGGGAGAGAGCAGGAAUAUACAAGAAGCGCUUUAGAGAAAGAUAAGGGUGAGAAGAUGGCGGCACGAGGUGCCUCGAGCAGCAGCGGGAGUGGCAGUGGCAGCAGGACGCGAGUCGGGAAGUACGAGCUCGGGCGGACGCUCGGGGAGGGGACCUUCGCUAAGGUCAAAUUCGCGAGGAACACGGAGACCGGGGAGCACGUCGCGGUUAAGAUUCUCGACAAGGAGAAGGUCCUCAAGCACAAGAUGAUCGAUCAAAUCAAACGGGAAAUCUCGACUAUGAAGUUGGUUAGACAUCCAAAUGUUAUCCGCAUGUAUGAGGUGAUGGCUAGCAAGACUAAGAUAUAUAUUGUUCUGGAGUUAGUGACUGGGGGUGAGCUUUUUGACAAAAUUGCGAGUAAAGGGAGGCUAAAAGAAGACGAAGCCAGAAAGUACUUUCAACAGCUUAUUAAUGCAGUUGACUAUUGCCAUAGCAGGGGUGUUUUCCAUAGAGAUCUCAAGCCAGAGAAUUUGCUGUUGGAUGCUAAUGGAUUUCUGAAAGUUUCAGAUUUUGGAUUAAGUGCUCUUCCUCAACAAGUUCGGGAAGAUGGACUUCUGCACACAACUUGUGGAACACCAAAUUAUGUUGCUCCAGAGGUGAUAAACAACAAAGGCUAUGAUGGUGCUAAGGCAGAUCUGUGGUCCUGUGGUGUGAUACUUUUUGUCUUAAUGGCUGGCUAUUUGCCUUUUGAAGAAUCUAAUCUCCUGGCUUUGUAUAAAAAGAUAUUCAAAGCUGAUUUUACAUGUCCACCCUGGUUCUCAUCUAGUGCGAAAAAGCUUAUUAAGAGAAUUUUGGACCCUAAUCCUGUGACGCGCAUUACAAUUGCUGAGGUCAUCGAAAAUGACUGGUUUAAGAAAGGAUAUAAGCCUCCAAGUUUUGAACAGGCUAACGUAAGCCUUGAUGACGUUAAUGCUAUCUUCAAUGAGUCAGGGAGUCCACAGAACCUCGUUGUGGAGAGGCGGGAAGAAGGACCUGCUGCACCUGUCACUAUGAAUGCCUUUGAGCUCAUUUCAACAUCUCGGGGUCUCAAUCUCAGUUCUCUUUUUGAAAAGCAAAUGGGACUUGUCAAGAGGGAGACAAGAUUUACAUCCAAAUGUCCAGCCAAAGAGAUAAUCUCAAAGAUCGAAGAGACCGCAAUGCCUUUGGGCUUUGAUGUAAAGAAAAAUAACUACAAGAUGAAGUUGCUGGGUGAGAAAACAGGACGAAAGGGUCAUUUAGCUGUUGCAACAGAGAUAUUUGAGGUGGCCCCUUCACUUUACAUGGUUGAGCUCCGAAAAUCUGGAGGGGAUACUUUGGAGUUUCACAAGUUUUACAAGAACCUCUCGACUGGACUUAAGGACAUUGUUUGGAAAACUGAUGAGCCCAUAGAGGAAGAGAGCAGUGGUGUUGCUGUUGGAGAGAGGUCCUGAAUCUUCCCCCUUCCUCCUGGCUUUCACAAGUGGUCUUUGCCCUUCCAUAAUUUGUAGAACUGCAUCCAACUAUGGCUUGCUUGCUUCACUUGAUUGGUUCCGUAUAGUACGGUACAAACUAUACAUUUGGUGCUAUCUAAAGCGUGUUUUGUUUCAAACAAAUUAUGACGUGGAGUACGCCUGUGGUAGACCUAUUGUUUCAGAACCAAGUCUUGUGCAAUUCUUUUUCAGCUUGCAUCCUUUUUCAGUGAAA